AUGGCAGAGCUUCCGCUAUAUUCGGCGCUGGCGAGCACUCAGAACGAGCCAUCGGAUGACUUGAUCGAUUCCAGCCACCAACCCACUGCAUACUCAGCCUCGGCCGACCGGUCGGACUACAGUCGCACGCCCCAAGAAGAACCUGUAUCCCACGCCAUCGAAGUGGACGACACAGAUAACCCUCAUGAUGAGACACAUGCUGGAAAAUGGAAAAACUAUGAUUGGAAUGGCUCCUGGGUGUGGGAAGUUGGAGCGGCGGCGUUAAGCGUCGCUGGCUUCGCCCUUUUGGUCGGCUUCCUUGUGAAGAUCAGCAACACGCCUUAUGACUCCUGGCGUUAUACUGCGUCGCCAAAUACUGUGGUUUCUAUCCUUUCAACCAUCACCAUAUCAGCUCUACUGGUUCCUGUUUCGUCCUGCCUGGGUCAACUCAAAUGGAAUCAGUAUAUCACCCCAAGUUCGGCUCCACUUUAUCACAUACAAGCUAUCGACCAGGCUAGUCGUGGGCCUUGGGGCGCUUUAGAUGUGCUUUGGAGAGGCAUAAAGGAUCUGAAAAUGAAUGUCUUGAUACUUGCGGGAGCAUUCAUCACAAUCCUGGCCCUAGCUGUGGAUCCAUUUGCGCAGCAAAUUUUGACAUUCUCUUUACGAACCGUUCGCGAUGGAGAUGGGACAGCAUGGAUUCAAACUUCCGGUAGCUAUAUUAUGCCAGAUGACGAGAUGUACCUCGGCAAUUCUUCCGCGUACACCAGCGGGAACUAUCUCUCGUCAUCCCUAUUGUCUUCAAUCUUGAGCGGGCUAGCAGACGACUACCUCUCUCAAACCACACUGCAGCUCGGGCAAUUGUACUUAUCCAAGCUUUGUCACAUUAGGGGUCUGCAGCCAUUGCGAGGAUGUCACCGACCGAACGAUCCAAAGUUGCCAAGCGCAUACUAG